AUGAAGAUAUUCCCAAGACUGCAUUUAGAACAAGGAGGAGCAUGUAGAGCAUUUGAGGGCAAUUCUACAAACCUUAAGGGAAAACAAGCUUAUGUGAAGUUUACCAAGUGUGAGUUUCGGUUGGAGAAAUUAGCAGUUCUGGGUCACUUUGUGUCCAAGGAUGGGGUAGAAGUAGAUCCAUCAAAGAUUGAGGCAGUGAAAGGGUGGCCUAUGCCAAAGACGGUGUCUAACAUUAGGAAUUUCUUAGGUUUAGCAGGGUAUUAUAGGCAUUUUGUGAAGGACUUUUCUAAGAUUGUUAAGCCUAUGACCUCUCUAAUGGAGAAUGACAAGAAGUUUGAAUGGGAUGAGAAGUGUGAGAAAGCUUUCCAACUCAUGAAACAAAAGUUGAUUACAGCACCAGUGCUUACACUGCCAGAUGAUAGUGAAAUCUAUGAUGUAUAUAGUGAUGCAUCCAAGAAUGGUAAGGGAUGUGUGCGUAUGCAAAAUGGGAAGGUGAUUACCUAUGCAUCAAGGCCGUUGAAACCUCAUGAAGUAAACUACCCUACUCAUGACUUAGAAUUAGCUGCAAUCAUUUUUGCACUAAAUAUUCGGAGGCAUUACUUGUAUGGAAUGGAAUGA